CUCCAGGAGAAGAGUGUUCCGGAACUAUAUAAGAAGUCCUGGCGGGGUGUUGCGGGGACACGAAAUCUCCCGGAGCCGCAGGAAAGUCACAGUCACAGCGCAGUGGCGGGAACCGCAGCCCGGCGGCCCUGGAACCUCCCAGGUGUUACACUCUUUUGUUUUUGUUCUAUGAAAAGUUCCAAGUGUUUUUUUGAAGAAUCCAUUUCUCAUAUACAAGUGUCACAUUGCUCAGUGAGUCCUGCUCAGCUGUGAAUCAGAACAAAGAGCCCUGGAUGGUGAAGAGAGAGGAGACAGUAGCAAAGGAUCCAGGAAGAAUUCCAGAUUUUGGUCCAAAGAUAGAAACUCAGAGAAGAGCAACAAGAAGAAUGAAUGCUUCUCUGGGAAAUGCUCCCGAGAGUCUGUUAACAUUCAGGGAUGUGGCUGUGGAUCUCUCGAAAGAGGAAUGGGAACGUCUAGAUUGUGCUCAGAGGGCAUUGUACAUGGAUGUGAUGUUGGAGAAUUACAACAAUCUAGUCUUUGUAGAUAUGAUAAAGGAAGUGAUAACAUCACCAGAGAUGGUUCCACUAGGUUGUUUAUACAGUGAUUUAUUUAUUUUUAUUUUAUGCAUUUGGGUGUUUCUGGGGUUUUUGCAAGGAACAUCUUUGGACCAUUUGAAUGCAGUGCUUACAGACAUCAGAAAAGUGCAACAGAUCCCCAGGACUUGAUUAAGAAAUGACUGUGACUUGCCCUGUGGGUGCUAGGAAUAGAACCGGGGUCCUCUGGAAGAACAGCCAGUACUUUAACCACUGAGCUGCCUCUCCAACCCUCAGACGUUUAUGUUUUCUGAGGAGGGCCUCACUGAGUAUCCCUGUCUGCCUUGGAAUACUGUAUACAGGCUGAUCUGGACUGAGAGAGAUCCACCUGCUUCUGCCUUCAGAGUGCUGGAUUUAAAGGCGUGCACCACCACUCCUGGAAUUCACCAGACAGUUGGAAAUAUACAAAUAUGCGUGGGAAAUGUAAACAGAAGGUAACUGUCUUUUAUGCCAAAAAGUGAAAUAAUACACAAUCCAUUUAAAAAAAAUUGAGCUGAUUGGGAAAAUUUCAAAUUCCUCAGGGUCAACAACAUUUCUGAACACAAAAUAUUCAAGAAGGAUUUCAUUUAAUGCUCAAAAUUUUGUUUGUGUUGUCAACUGUAUUGUUUAAACUUAGCCAUCCAUAAGUAUGUGAGGUGAGCUCUGACCACUGAAAGUGUAGCCCCUUUUCUUUUAGGAAUGAAGUCCUAAAGGGACCCUUGCUGAAUGUGUUUGCAUGGUUGAUUUCUCACAGCUAUGCUUGCUUCCAGACAAGAAAAAAAUUUUACCUUGCCAUUUUUGAGACACUCAGAUCUGUUUCUAACAUUUAAACAGCUCAAUUUUCUAGUUCUGUUUUUAUGUCUUCCUUUGCCUGAGGGUAAUGGUGUACUCACCUUUUAUAUUAUCUUAUUUUUAAAUAUAAACAUGCUAGUAAUGCACCAGUUUUCACUUGUCAUUUAUAUAUUUUAUUUUCUUUCUGUUGUUGAUGUUUGCAUUCCAGUCAGGUACAAAAAUAAAAAUUUCAAGCAUUGAUCUUUGCUAGGCUCGAAAACCUGAGUUCUCUUUCAAAGUCUUUUCCACACUGGAGAAUGCUCCUUGGAGUUAGGGAAGACUCGGCAUCGUCUGUUGUGUGGACGAUUCUCUGUAGGGCCUCUGGGCAUUAUUCAUUUUCUGUGUUGUUCAUGGUCUUCUUUCUCAUUAUUUGUCACUAAAUAUUGAAUGUUAAAAUAUCUCAGCUUUUCUGUCUACUUUCUCCCCCUUAUUCUAUUAGUGAUUGUGUCAAUUUCUAGGAAAUUGUUGAGUAAAAUGAACCAUGCUGACAAAUAGCCUUCUAGCAAACAGUACAUUUUAUCAUUGGUCAGUAUUCUUCUUUUUGUGUUUUAAGAGUUUUGUGUUGGAUUGUCUGUUCCCUUUUAAAACUGUGGCCUCUUAUCUUCCUUAUCACUAUCCACAUUCAUGAUUGAUCUUUUAAAAGAUUUCUUCUCUUUCAGCACUUGGUGUUCUUAAAAUCUGAAGUGAGAAGAGCUAAAUCUUUGAGACUAAAAUAAUGCAGACCACCAAGGUAGUCCUUAUUUCUCUACUUUUGAUUCUCUCCUUUACCAGCCAUCUUAUCAGACCCCUGUCCUCCUGGCUCCUUUGUUGACCAGAGGUCACACAUAAACAGCCCCCCCUGCAGUGGUUCCCUUCUCCAGCAUGUCAGUUUAUUAGUAUUUCAGCUGACACAGUUGGUGUGGUUGGAUCAGGGAUCAGGGGCUGGCAUUGAUUUGUUCUUUGACAGCUUGGUUAUUGGCUGGGCCAGGAAAUCAUCUCCCAAGGAUCAGCCUUUCUCCUGUUCUGUCUUGGAUUUUUCCCUGUCUGAGACAAUGUGUGUCAUCUCUUUGAUGGUCAAGAUAGUCAUCAUCUUCCUCACUGAGGCUCUGUGUGGUCAUGCAGCUAUCCCUGGUGCAUUGACUCAGUGACAGUCCCAGUGCUGAAGUGUGCAAAGUUCACUAUUAAAUAUAAUGUUCUUCUAAGUACCUCCCCCCAAGAUAUUUGCAAGCCAUAUUUUUUUGUUAUUUAAAUUCAUUCAGUCUAGUGUUUUGUGUUAGAUUUGGAGUGAAUAGUUUGUGGAAAAUAUCUACUUUAAUUUCACUUUCCCAGUGUAUCCCUGGCUGAUCUGCAACUCUUCAUGCAUACGAGGGUGGCCUCCAACUAAUAGAACUCCACCUGGCUCUGUCUCUCCAGUGCUGGGAUUAAGGUGAGCACCAUCCUACCCAGCCUCAUUUUUCAUUUGUUUUCUUUUCAAGGAGCUCCAUGUUGACUUGCAUUGGGGGUACAAUAAAUUGGAUUCCUACUAA